UGUCAAUUGCCAUAGCAGACUGUAAACUUUACCGUUUAAACUGUGUGGUCGACCGACCCAACAUUUCUUCGUAGAAUAUAGAGUCUGAGAAAUUUGACAAGGUUUGAAAGCAGAGCUAGAGUACACAAUGGCAGACAUCUAUUAUGCUGCAGGUGAUGUAGGUGUGAUACUGCCACAGAUAGUCAAGGAACUCCAGAAGACAACCUUGCAUUCACAACUCAAACAAGCAGCACAGGUCAUUGCUGCAAUGCCAGAUACAAACAUUUCUGACUUGGAAUUCACAGUGCCAGAGAGACUUACAGAUACAGGGUGGGAACAGAAGCUUCACAAUGCUGUGUAUAGACAUCUUAGACACUACAAACCCAUGCCACACCCUGACACACCCCAAGAGCAGAUGAAGGAAUCUUUGGCAUACAUCCGCAGAGCGCAGUCUACCUGGGAGAAAAGGAUCUUAAAGAGUCUCAACAGUAUGUGUACAGAACUCUCCAUUCCACUGGCCAGAAAGAGGCCGUUAUCAGAGCAGAACGAACUCCGAUCUCGAUGGAAUGAACUUGGAACGGAAGAGCCAGAUUUGGGUAGCUUUCGACCAGUGUAUGGACCAAAGGAUUUCCUUGACAUGCUAACAACCAUUAAACACCCUAAUCUUGACGUGAAUGGUCCUACCUUGUCACCACAGUGGGGUCUAAUCUAUCUACCUCUAAAAGUCAAAACACUACCUCAAUUGCAAGAGGAGUAUAAGGUCUUAUCUCCAAAGCAGAGGCAGACGGGUGUAGAUGACACAUCAGAUUUCCCUGGAGAGUUGUUUGAUGGAGAGAGGAUGAAGCUUGGGAGGCGUGUCAUCCAAGCCAACCACACAGCAGUGGCUCAGCAGUACGCCAAGAGUGGCUGCCCGAGUGGCCUCAGGGGUCAAAUCUGGAAGCGGAUCCUUGGAGUAGCAGUCGAUGAUGCGGUAAGUAUAGUGGCAGAUGAAUAUCCUAGUUUCAAGCUUUUCAUACAAGAGUUUGUUAAAACCAAUCAUGAAAGUUCAUCCUUGUUGAUAAUGUGUAUGUUUGAAAGUUAAACUUUAGAUCUCAAAACAAAAUCUUUACCUCUGAAAUCUUCAGGUGUUCAGCUACAGCUAUCAUCAGUGAUGUGACCCGCCUUGAUCGUUCUGAGGUUUUGCUAAAACUUGCAUUUCCACUGUCACUUGAAUCUCAGCACUUUCCCAGUACCCUAACACCUUCUCAUUUGCACUUUUUUUCUUUUUCUUUUUACAAACUUCCCUCGAAACUCGCUCUCUUUAGACAUUGUCAGUAUGUGCCUAGUGUUGCGGAUAAAAACAGUUCACCGAAGUGCACUACUUUUUUUUGUUGAAUCACGCAAAGUAUGUCUUGCGCUCCAAGGUGUCGAUGAUUUAUUCAUGUGGUAGAACAAGAUCCGCAGUUUGUGGAUUGGGUUACCUAAGUUGUGCCGCCUGUAUUUUUCCGAAUCAAAUUAGUGAGAAUCUCUUCAAGGAUGUUCGACAGGGGCAACGCACCUCUUUGGUAGUCUACCUGUGCUCACUGUAUCAUUUGCAGCCUUGUGUGAGAGAACCUGUAUAUAUAAUGAAGCCAUGCGAUCGAGUGCCAUAGAGGUUAAGAUACUAUACAUGAAUGGCCAUUGAAUGCCCGGAGGCCAGAGUAUUGCUGUGAUGCCUAGCUCACUGGAUACAAUGGACCUUCUUCACCUCUUCCUUGCCACGGGCGUCAAAUCUCGCCUGAGACUUUGAAUCUUUAACAAUGUGUGCGUACUUUCAAAGAAUGGCUGCAUGUACAUCCUUUUUCCUGACACUAAACUGGUGAUUUUUUUUUCUCCAAGAAACAAUUAAAAUGUAACUCUGAAAGUCCAUUUUAAUUAAAAAAACUUAAUUGUUGUUGCCAAAGACAGGGAUGAAAUGGCAAAGAUUGCGCCCAUUUUGCGCAACUCUUGAUCUUUUCAUAAUUUGUAGGGGGGAUUUAUGCCCUAUGACAUAUCAAAAUGGUAUCCUGCAUUUAAUUAUGUCAACAUGCUUUAACCUAUAAAUGUGUCAUCUACCUAUAUUUCUUUUUAUUUGAGACCUCACCUACAUUUAAAGUUCACUUUAUCAUUCCCCAUCCUUAUUCAGAAAAUAUAUCAAUUAGUCUGAAUUACUCAAAGAGGUCUCAAAUUGUUUUCUUCCCAGUCAGUUUGAUGCUAAAUUACUCUCUUUUUUUCUCCAUAACCUAUCAUUUCACUCAUACCUGUAUAAUGUGACACAUUGGGGGCAACUGCAUAUUUCUUGUGGAACUGCAGAACAAGUGAAAACUUUUAUAUCGCUAUCAUCUGAAGAUGGGAUUUGAUACGGGGGCGGCUAUAUCAAGUGAUCAGCAGGAUCAAUGCUGAACCCAGAAAUAGCGCCAUAUACUUUUUUUCUCUGCAUCUCUUUUCACACAAGGCAUCCCCAAGACCUGUAUUUUGUCAAGAUGGAAUUAAAAACACUUGCAUUUAUAAUUGAUAAAUAUACAUGUACAUCAACCCUCCGGGGAUGAACAUUGUAUAUCAAAAGAUUACCUACAGAGCUGUUGUUGAAGUCACAAAUAUGUCUCUACAUUUCUUCAGAAAUUCCAUUUCUUUUGCUUAGAAUCAUAUGAGCAUGAUUUAAUGCCCUUAAAGGUACUAUGUCCCAUUUGCAGGCCAAAAAAAUGAAAAA